CGAGAGGCACCUACAUAGCUACACGGCAACAGUGAGUGGCGAGCCGCAUCGUCUCCUCGGUGGUUUAAUCAGGAUGGGAGCUGGCGAGGAAAUCCGUUUGUUCAACAUAAAGUCAGCCUUGCUAACAAGUUAACCCCCAGGAAGGCUGGCGAAGACAGGAAAGGCUCAGAAGCGGUCAUUUCCCUUGGCUGGUGGUGGGAGUGACACUACAUUGUGAAGACGAGCUAGCUAUUUAAAGCUAAGCAGGACUUCCGGUUUCAGCCAUGACCAUCAGCAUGCACUGAACACAAGGGGGAUGCUCUUGUAGUCCUUUUUGACUCCCGCCUCGGCCUGGUGUCCCCCUCCUCCUCCUGGGACCAAUGACUGGACCCAACUCCCCGAGCCGGGCUAGCAACGGCCCGGCCAAGCUGAGUAGGCUCGGCCGCUCCAAGAGCACCAGCGCUCACUGCCUGCUCCGCCGCAGCGCCCAGGAGGAGUUGAGCGCCUCCCUCCCCAACAACGGGUCUCGCUCGCCAGCCGAGGAGGAAGAGAAGGACGGAGGGGUCUUCUUCUACGUUAACCGGGCCGGGUUUCCCAUCGAGGGCGGUACCUGGGAUAGGAUGUGGACCCAUGUGGCCGUUGUGCACCCUGAGGGCCAGGAGAUGGUAGACAAGAUACGCAACGCCGCAUAUCUCCCUAAACAUCACGUGCCCUCGCUUCCUACGUUUAAGCCGUCCAUGUCAGUGCAAGACUGGCUGGUGCUGGUCCAGAACUUCAUGAAGGCUCUGCAAUACAACCACACGGGCACGCAGUUCUUUGAGAUCAAGAAGAACCGUCCUCUCUGCGGGUUGAUGGAGACUGCACGAGAGAUGAUCAGGGAGUCUCUGCCAAUUAAAUGUCUGGAAGCUGUCAUCUUGGGAAUCUACAUGACCAACGGCCUGAUGUCUCUAGAAAGAUUCCCCAUCAGCUUUAAGACUCACUUCUCAGGUCACUGCUUCCAUCACGUCGUGCUCGGCGUCUACUGCAAUGGACGCUACGGCUCGCUCGGCAUGAGCCGCCGGCCGGACCUCAUGGACAAGCCGCUUAUCCACCGAACCCUCGGCGAGCUGGUGGCUGAGUUGGAAAGCUCCUACAAACGAUACCAGCACAUCCUCAAGAAGGUGAAGAUCGGCCUAUACGUGCCUCAUGACCCCCACGUGUGUCAGUCCAUAGAGUGGAAGUAUUUGGUGCUAAACGCUGCAAAACUGGGCCCUCAGGAGAUGAAGCGGGAGCUGGAGAAACAUGGCCGUGACAUGAGGAUGAAGAUCCUCAAGUCGUCCAGUGCUCAGUCUCCAAUCAAGGAGCGAAGCCGCGGGAAGUCUCUGUCUCCACGCCGCCGCCAAGGCAGCCCACAGCGCCGCCUCAUGCACCGCAGAGACAAAUCGCCGGCGUCAGUGGAGAAGAAGCCUCCAGAACUCAGCACGCUCAACGAUGGCUACCAGAUAAGAAUCUGACCCGGUCUGCUCGAAUCCUUUCAGCAGUAUCGUUCCCAGCCAAAGAUGGGAUGAACUCAAUCAUUUUGUAGCAAAUCCUCCCGGACACAAGUUCUACCGUCUCAAUGGACCAUAUCAUUUUGAGAGAUGGAGCUGAGUGCUCACAUCUUCACGUUUCUUCCAUCCUUUAGUCAUGUCUGCCUAAUGAGGAGGAAACAUCUUGAUGCUCUUCACUCAUGUUGAUUGGCACAUUUACUCCAUGACUAGAAGAGGAGGAGCUUCACAGGAAAACAUGAUCAAUAACAUCAAUCAAUCAAUGAAGAUGUCUCUUUUUAACAUAUACGGUUAGAAAUGAAUUAUCGUCGACAAGAACCUCAAACUUUCUGUCAUGAAGAAAGGAAGUAGUGCUGAUUUGAAAACCCAGGACUCUUUAACUAGUUCUUUUAGCACCGCCCACCCCAUGGACACGGGUGUACAUACUUAACACAUGCAUAUGUGUGUGUAUGCAUGUAUGUAUACACACCCAGGGGCGCCGCUAGGGAUUUUGGGCCUCAUGAAAAUAAUCUUUACAGGGCCCCCAACACAGUGUCAUUAUUUUUUCUGUAUUAUAAUUUCAUCAUCAUUAGGGGCCUCUCUGGGCCCCCCUCCAUUGUGGGCCCCUAGAAUCCGUCUCCUUUACCCCCCCUUUUCGGCGCCCCUGUACACACCUAACAUGUAUAUGAGGGAUGCACAAUAGUUUUUUCAUGAAAGCAAAACAGCUAUUAUUUCCUGGUUCUCAAGACCGAUACCAAUAACUCAUUUACCGUAUUUUUCAGGUUAUAAGUCGCAGUUUUUUUCAUAGUUUGGCCGUGGGUGCGACUUAUACUCCGGAGCGACUUAUGUGUGAAAUUAUUAACACAUUACCGUAAAAUAUCAAAUAAUAUUAUUUAUCUCAUUCACGGAAGAGACGAAGCAAAAUGUCAGCAAUCGUCACACACACACACGUCAACCAAUAAGAAUUCGACGGGGAAGGGUCAUGGCAGAAGUGCAUUGUGGGUCAUGGGAUGCUAACUGCUAUAUGCUACUGCCGUAGCUAUUAAAAUGGAUCAUUUCUACAUUGGCGGUAACUUAUAAAAACUGAACAAAAAUGGCACCGAAAAGGAAAUCAUAUACUGCAGAUUACAAGCUGGACGUAGUGAAAUAUGCAGCAGAGAACGGCGAUCGAGCAGCAGGAAGAAAGGACGCUAGCGGUGCAUACCAGGAGCGACAACGAGGAAGAAGAUUUCAUGGGAUUUAGCGAUUAGGAGUGACAGAUUGUUUGGUAAACGUAUAGCAUGUUCUAUAUGUUAUAGUUAUUUGAAUGACUCUUACCAUAAUAUGUUACGUUAACAUACCAGGCACGUUCUCACUUGGUUAUUUAUGCGUCAUAUAAUGUACACUUAUUCAGCCUGUUGUUCACUAUUCUUUAUUUAUUUUAAAUUGCCUUUCAAAUGUCUAUUCUUGUCGUUGGGUUUUAUCAAAUAAAUUUCCCCCAAAAAUGCGACUUAUACUCCAGUGCGACUUAUGUUUUUUUCUUUCUUUAUUAUGCAUUUUCGGCCGGUGCGACGUAAACUCCGGAGUGACUUAUAAUCCGAAAAAUACGGUAUAUGUAUAAUUUUUUUUAUGUACGUUUAAGUGUAGUUUGUGCACACCAGGAAAGAGUCGGUAUCUUCAUCGAUGGGAAAAGGCUGGUCGCAGAUCGCUUUAGUCCGAGGGUCGUCUCUGGAAAACUUUUUGCAUUUUUCAAACGCUGCGGCGACUGAAUCAAGCCCCGGGCCUUUCUUUGCAGCUGGAUUUGGGGCAGUUUCUUUAGCUACAGGCGUCUUCGUAGGCUCUCAGAUCACCGCUGUAGCCAUGCUGGUGUUUCAGGUGGCGAGUAAGGUUUGAUGUGUUCAAGAAUGAUGGUUUCUUUCCCACCUCCUGGAAUGUUUGUAGAACAUUUGGUGCAAAUAGCACAAGAAAAGCCUUGAAACAGUAAAGAAGUCCCGCACGAUUGACACAACAUAUUUUUACAAUUAAUUUAGGGGAUGUUGACAAGAGGCAACUAAUCUCACCUCAAUGGAGCCUUUUUUUUUAAAUUCAGUUAUCAGCUACUUUUAAUGUUAUCGAAUUUGUGCGUGUGAUGUCAUAAAACACUACAUUGGUUCAAAUUAUCGUGCAGCCUUAAUGCCUACAUGUGUUAAGUUUGUACACAUCAUGCUUGUACAUGAACAGAUAUACGUGCCUAUACAUGUACAUGCUUAACAUUUGUGUAUACAGUCAAGGAUAAAAUCGUUCAUUUCAUACAUCUGGAAAUCUGGACUUUGUUCCUAAGUUUUUUCUUGACACAAUAAGAUCAUGUACAAUAAGCAUUAUUGUAAAAAGAAAUAUAUGUCAAAAUUUGUCAGAGAUAUGAAUCAUUUCCAGCUUGACUGUAUGCACAUGUAGGUGUGCACAUGAUACGCCAGUAUUUGCUGUAGUAAUUGUUUUUAGUAGUGGUACUGAGUUGAAUGUUUGAGGUUCCACAAGGAGCUAUGCACACGUCCACGUCUUCCAGGGCGGAGGAGGCGGAGCCUGAGCACAAACCCUAGAGCACAUUUUAAUGACAGUCUUAUGGUUUAGCUGAAUGUUGGUCACAUGACUGUGAUGGUUAAUUAACGCAGGAUGAACAUGAUGUGAGUUUUUAAAAGUGUUGAAUGUUUAAUUUCAAAGGAUUGUGUUGAUUUUGUGCGUUCUUGUCAAGGCCGUAUUUCAGCAUUUCAAUCUUCAUACAAUCCUGCAAAUGAAUUGUUACUGUCAUUGAUGUGAAACAUUUCAAAUCAAUUUUUUUAUACGUGACAAAAAACAUCUCAGUGUUUUAAAAUGUAAAGCAAAGUGAACAAGCUGAGCAUGUUUUGUUUUAAAUGUGCUUUUGUGUCUCCGUGGCAACAACGUGACACCUUUCAACCCCCAAAGUAAUUACUGGAGUUAUUGUUACAUAAGACUGUUACUGCAUGUUUUUAAUUUUUCUUAAUUAAAAUAAAACCUAAAACCUGGUCAUUUGAUUAAGCACACAUUCUAACUAUUGGUACACCCAACACAAUAAAAUCACUUCCAUUUGCAGAAGUUUGGAGCGUCAUCAAGGAUGCAACAUGUCAUACUCGCACAGCUUGACAGUUGAUAAAGUAAUCGGCUUA